CUGCACUGAUAAUGCAACAUGUGACAGCUUAGGCAAUACGACGGGCUCGGGGACAGAUAAGCGCGUCAGUAAUGUUGCUUAGCGAUUAUAAACAUAAAUAGAACAGCUGUUAGUGUGCAGGUGACGAUCCAUGAAGAGAUGGGAAGCAGUAGCUCAAUUUCUUAUCACCGUGACGUCGUCGGAGACACUGUUGGGACAGUUCAGUCUAUGUCUGGACAUGACACAGACCCUCCUAUCAAACCCCCCACGAAGAGACGUUCCGACGUCGUUCCCCCCUGUGUCUGAGUUGGAAUAUAUCGACCUGCAUGCCUCGGGGGCCCCCCAAGAUGUGACAUCCUCCGGUUCCUUACUAGCUCACUACCUUGUGAAGCCAGCCCUGAACGACGUAGGGAGAGUCCGAGCAUUUUACAUGUGGAUCACAAGCAACAUCAGCUAUGAUGCUGCAGGCUUUCAAAGUGACAGUAUCGGCCCUCAGGAUGCUGGAACAGUUCUCAGACACAGAACAGGCGUCUGUGAAGGUUUCGCCACACUGUUCAAAGAGCUCUGUAGGGAGGUGCACAUUCCUUGUAAAAAGAUAUCAGGUUUUGCUAAAUGCUUUGGACAUCACCCAGGACAUAUAUAUACAGCUGACGAAGAAAGCAAUCAUACCUGGAACAUUGUCUUCGUGAGCGGCGACUGGUGGCCGAUUGAGGUCACAUGGGGAGCUGGACCAAUCGACAAGAACUAUCAAUUCGUACGCCAGCACGAGGAACUACAUUUUUUGAUGGAUCCAAAUCUGUUUGUAAUAAAACAUUAUCCGUUCAUGAAAAACAGUCUCUCCAACAGUGCUCUGUAUCAGUUACUAAGGAAACCAAUAAACCUGGAGGAAUUUUCAAAAGCUGCAGUUCUCCACAAUAGAGGCAUUGAAUGGGGAUUUGAGUCAACAACGCACAUACACCAAGUUGUGGAUGUGGAUGUGUCAUGUGAAAUAACAGCACGAUGUACUAGAACUAAACUUGAACGUAUGAUGUGUUACCUCGAUGAAGAAAACACAGGAAAGGAUUUCUUCAACUAUGUGUUGAUCAGAAAGAAAGAUAACGGGGAUUUCACAAUCAAGGUCACACCUCCAAGACCGGGCACCUACACAUUAAAAAUAUUUGGACAAACAGAUUCUAACGAUGACUCGUAUCACCCACUGACAUCGUUUUUUCUUUGCUGUAAAUCGUCCGAUAGAUCAGUCAGGCCCUAUCCAAAGCAUGAAGGCCUUUGGGGAAUACUGUCCAAUGUAAGCGCAUAUGGGUUUCAGUCAGAUAUGAACAAAACCGAUGUAGUGACAACAAAGAAUGGAGCUGUCGAGUUGACAUUCCAAGCCAGACCUGAAGCUGACUUGACAGUUCGUCUGAAAGGUGCAGACGACACUGGAAAUCUGGACAGGUUCAUUAUGGCGCACAGGGAAUAUGGCCAGGUUGUUAUAAAAUGUCGACUUCCCAAGGCCGGAUAUUAUUCUAUUCUUCUGUUUGCCAGAAACCUGACGACAUUGGCUCCUAAGCAGAAACACAUCGGGAGUAUUCUGAUACAGUGUAUGGAAGCCCAUUCUGACGUCAGACCUUAUCCCGUUAACCCUCACCCAUGGGGAUUGAUGGCCAUGGCGCUAGAGUAUGGUUUUACCAAAGAUGCCCUGCUUAACAGCAUAUUCUUUACAAUGGACGGUGAAGUUGAAAUCAACCUUGAAACCAACCGGAAGAUUAAUGUGUCACUGGAAGUACUUCCGUCUGAAAAGACAACACAUAACACACAAGCAUCUGUUUCCGAAACGGAUUCGUCUGUGAAUAUCCGUGCACAGUUUUCGAGCCAAGGUUACUAUGGGAUAAAAUUAUUUGCAAACACUUCACACCAAGAGGAACAUGAACAAGUUUACCUUGGCGCCAUUCUUGUCAACAGCUUGAAGACAAAUAAGCCUUUCCUGUGAAAACGUUUCAUACAGUAAUUGGAGGAAGAAGGACUGAGCAGAAUUGACUCAAUCGAUAUCUUGUACACUGUUCCAUCCUUAGUGGUCAACAGAAGCAUAUUUUAGUUCAAGUAAUCACAUCACACCGAUGUCCAUAUCAGUUAGAAUCGACUUAAGCUGACCAUGUACCAGGUGCAUAGACAUUACGAAACUAAUGUCACAUAAUCAGACCUGUCCCGUUAUGUCGCUAUGGGUAUGUUAUAAGAAACUGAGUAGUACGUUAGUGCAAUUAUACCUGGUGUCAUCUGCGACAUUCUGUGAGCAACAUAGUGAGCUAAAUCCCUACCGAAUGGAUGAUAUGUUGAAUCAGACAUAAAAUUGAUAAACGACAAUAGUUCAGGUGGUGGGUGCCGCUAUAACAAGCAGGUCUUGCGAUACCCUUAAUCCUGCAUCAACAUCGAAACAUUGUAGUCACGUGUUGGCACUAUCUAGUUUGGCAAUGGCGUUCGAAGAGGGUAGUUGGAUGUGGCACUUCGUUCGACACUUUGAGUCCUUACAAUGUCUCAACCUUCGAUCCAGCCUCACACUGAAGCUAAUGUGGUACAUGCGCUGUCUCAUAAGUCAUUUUUUCCUUUGUUCGAAAUGUGCCUAGGUUCAUCCAGCAGUAAACGGGUAUCUGGUACCCAUCCAGUUUCGAACAAGCAGCUUUGAUUGUAUACUCACAACGGACAUGAAAAUAAAAUCGAGCGUCCGUAGAUCUAACACUUUUGGUGUAGGGCAUUAAACAUGCCUGUGUGUGGUGUACAGAUAUAACGCAAUA